ACAUCUGCAGUCGGCGAGUGAACGUCGGGGCGGUGUGCUGCUGCACCUGUGGUGUGUGUGAAAUGGCUGUGAUAUGAAGAUCUUUGGUAUAAGAAGAAUAUGACCAUGAUUUGUGGGUCAUAGCACUGGCGAAACAAAGUGUAAGGCCGUGGUGACUGUUUGACUGCUCCUCGAGACCUGAGUGAAGCUACAAACAACCAUGGGCUGGAAAAUGGGAGCCACUGCGUUGUUGGUCUUCUUCACAGUGACAGGAUUUGUUGAAUCAACAGAUCUUGUGGUUCAGACUCCGUUUGAGAUUGAUGUUCAGUCUGCACGGUUCCGCCUGGACUACAGACCUGCAGAGGGUUAUCCAGCACCAAAUGCAACUUUCACCCCUGCUCAAAUUAGGAGAGGAGUCACCCUGACUAAUGUCCUGCCUGGUGCAAAGUAUGAAGUAUCACUGUACCUUACCAAUGAUAGCUACACUGAUUGGCCUGCAUGGUCUGAAACUCUUGACACAAAGCCAAAUCCACCAGAGAACUUUUCUGCCGCGGUGCUCUCUGGCAAGAUUGUCCAGGUGUCAUGGCUACCGCCAACUGCUGGAGGGACAACUGGGUACAAGCUGAAGGUCAUUCCAUAUUCAGAGCCUCAGAAUUCAGUGCACAACAUCAUCAUUGACAAGGACAAGUCACCUUUCACCUUGCGUGAACUUACACCAGGUGCAUCAUAUGGCCUAGAGUUGUACUCCAGAUAUGGUGAUGCAGAGAGCUCAGAAGCUGCAUCAGCAAACAUCACAACUAUCCCAAAUACUCCAGGGAGAUUCAUCGUGUGGUUCAGGAAUGAAACAACUAUGCUUGUCCUGUGGCAGCCACCAUAUCCAGCUGGCAUCUACUCAAAAUACAAGGUGUCCAUUGAUCCUCCAGAUGCACCUGACAGUGUGUUUGAGGUUGAGAAAGAUGGAGAGCCCCCUGGUCCUGCCCAGGCAGCAUUUUAUGGACUUACACCUGGUCGUCCAUACAACAUUUCUGUACAGACAAUCAGCAAUGACCAAGUGUCUCUGCCUACCACUGCCCAGUACAGAACAGUGCCUCUGGCUCCAAGAAAUGUGACCUUCGACCCUCGAUCACUCAAGCCGAGGUCAUUUGUUGUCCGGUGGCAGCCUCCCAAAGGGUUCGUUGAAUUCGACAAGUACUCGGUUUCCAUAGACACCCGGAAGAAGGCGCCCCAGAUUAUCGAGCGGGGUCAGCCGACCUCUGCUCUGUUCACCGAGGGCCUGGAGCCCGGCGUGACCUACAAGGUCAUGGUGAAGGCGGUGUCGGUGAACGUCGCCUCGUGGCCUGCCGAGGGUAACGUCACCACCAGCCCGCUGCCUGUCAUCGGCAUGAACUCAACCACCAACCCGGAAACGGGGGAGAUCUUUGUCGAGUGGCAGCCGGACCCGGAGAGCUACCAGGACCACUAUCGCGUAACCUACCAGGAGCUGGAGACGUUCAACGGCGACUCCAGCACCACCGUCGUGGGCGAUACCAAGUUCAGUGUCGACAACCUCUUGCCUGGCAGGAACUACAGUAUCAGCGUGGCCGCGGUCAGCAACUCCGUUCCCAGUGUAGAGGUGGCCAUCUUCCAGGCGACCAAACCGGCUACGCCCAUCAUUGAGAACCUUGAACCCAUACCAGAAGGUCUCAAUAUCUCCUGGAAAUCAGACGUUACGUCACGCCAGGACCACUAUGCCGUCAUCUACACUCGCAACGACACUGAGGUGGAGAAGACUGUGCAGACGGAGCUGCCGCGUGUCCAGCUACGUGACCUCUACCCGGGUGCUGUCUACGAAAUCCGCAUCUUCGCCAUCAGUCACAACCUGUGGAGCAACCCGCACAAGUACUACCAGGCCGUGUUCCCCAACGAGGUGCGUGACCUGAAUGUCACGGUGGUGUCCGCAAGCAGCGUGCGCCUCGACUGGAACCCUCCGCGUGACUCCAUCUACGACGGCUACAUCGUGCGCUACACCACCGCGGACGGACGCAAGACCGAGCUGCCGCUGACCACCAACACCAGCUACAUGGUGCGCGGCCUGCUGCCCGGCUACCGGUACACGCUGCAGGUCUCCGCCGUCUCCAGCAAGGUCGAGUCGUGGAAGCCCGUGUCCGUGCAGCAGACGCUGCCGCCAGCCAAGACACACGCUGGCGACGUCCAGGUGCUGAUCGACUCCAGCAACGUGACGCUGAUCUGGCAGGUGCCCGACGGCUACGUGGACAACUACAUCGUCUCCUGGUGGCCGAUUGAUGACCCCGCGAAGAAGGAGACGAUCACUGUCGGCGAGACGCUGCAAGCCGGAAAGAUGGCCGUGCCCGUCACCGGUCUGCGGCCCGGAGAGCAGUAUCUAUUCGAGAUCUACUCGACGGCUCAUGAACAGGAGAGCGAGAAGAUCACCAUCAACGAGCGCACGCUACCGCUGUUCCAGUCGACGGUUCAGCUGGUCAGCGGUGUUUCGGAGCCGAGCACCCUCACCAUCACCUACACGCCGACGCCGCCCUCUGGCACAACAUUCGAUCGAUACCGGUGUGUGCUGGCUGACGCGGACAAGCCCGGCCAGCCUAUCGUCCGCAAGGAGGAGCGCAUGGCCGAUGAUCCGAACCGCAGCUGCAUCUUCAAGGAGCUGGUGCCGGGUCGCGUGUAUCGCGUCACGAUGUGGACCGUGUCUGGUGGCGUGACGAGUGUGCCGUACAGCCGCGACAUCCGCCUCUACCCGGCGCCCAUCACGGAGAUCAACGCCACGCGCAUCACCGACACCGAGAUGACACUCACCUGGGACGAGCCGAACGGCGAAUGGGAUGGAUUCGACGUCUACCAUCAGGGCGAAGGCGAAGCGUCCGUCAAGAACAUGGUGGUCAACCCGCCAUUCACCUUCCAGGACCUGACUCCGCACAAGAACUACACGUUCACCAUUCGCACGCUGUCUGGCAGCCAGACGCGGCUGAUGCAGCGCUCCGAUCCGUUGUCGGCCAGCUUCGUCACCGAUGAGAGCGUGCCGGGCCGCGUGGCUGUCUUCACAGCGGCCGAUCUGACCCCGAACCAGAUCCGCUUCCGCUGGAGACUGCCGGACACUGCGCAGAAUGGCGUCCUGCAGGGCUUCACCAUCCGCUACGGUGAGAAAGAUGCCAAGCGUGUGCUCGUGCAGGACUUUGGACCACAUGAGACGGAGGGUCUCAUCAGAGACUUGCAGCCGGGUCAGGCUUACACGUUCCAGAUCCAGGCGCGUACCAAGCCCGGCUACGGCCCGGUGACCAACUAUGAGACGACGAUGCCUGUCUGGCCGCCGCCGGAGCCGAACGCACGCGUAUUCCCGACAGAAGUGUCCAAGAACGACACGACGAUCCGUGUGCGUUUCCGCAAGAACUACUUCAGCGACGAGAACGGACCGGUCAUUGGCUACAGCAUCGUUGUGGCCGAGGACUACAGCAAGGACUCGAGUGGCUUCGAGCUGCCGAACUGGUUGGAUGUGCAGGCGUACCCGGUGUGGCCUCCGUACCAGGUGAACCGGCCCUACAAUCCGUUCUCCAAUCGCUCCGUCGAGGACUUCACCAUCGGCACGGACGCGGCCUGUGCACAGAAGUGUCCACGAGAGCGAUGCUACUGCAACGGUCCGCUAAAGUCGGGUACAAACUACGUGGUCAAGGUUCGUGCGUAUACUGCGCCGGACAAGUUUGCCGACACCGCGUACAGUCACCCGAUCCAGACUGAUUACACGAAGAACUACACGAACGUACUGGUAGCCAUCUUCGUGCCGUUGCUCGUGCUGGCGCUCAUCGCUGUCGUCAUCGUCAUCAUGCGGCGUCGCAACAUGGCGCCGUUCUACAUGACCAAGGAGAUGCGACACAAGGACGAUGACAUGUCUUUGCGCGACUCGAUCAUCGAGACUAGCCGGCCGGUGAAGCUGAAGGACUUCCUGGAGCACUACCGCUUCAUGUCGGCCGACUCGGACAUCCGCUUCUCGGAGGAGUACGAGGACCUGAAGCAGGUGGGCCGUGACCAGCCGUGCACUUUCGCCGAUCUGCCGUGUAACCGGCCCAAGAACCGCUUCACCAACAUCCUACCGUACGAUCACUCCCGCGUCAAGCUGCAGCCCACUGACGACGAGGAGGGUAGCGACUACAUCAACGCCAACUACGUGCCGGGCUACACGUCUCCGCGUGAAUUCAUCGUCACCCAGGGACCUCUGCACUCGACGCGCGACGACUUCUGGCGCAUGGUGUGGGAGUCCAACUCGCGCGCGAUCGUGAUGCUGACGCGUUGUGUGGAGAAGGGCCGUGAAAAGUGCGACCACUACUGGCCGUACGACAUGCAGCCGCAGUACUAUGGCGAGAUCCAGGUGGUGGUGCUCAACCAGAGUCAGUUCCCCGACUGGACUGUGUCAGAGUUCAAGGUGAUGCGCGGUGACAGCUCGCGCGUCGUGCGGCACUUCCACUUCACCACGUGGCCAGAUUUCGGCGUUCCGGAGCCGGCGCAGGUUCUGGUGCGGUUCGUGCGCGCAUUCCGUGAGCGCGUGCCCUACGACCAGAAGCCCAUCAUCACGCACUGCAGCGCGGGUGUGGGCCGGUCGGGCACCUUCAUCGCCCUGGACCGGGCCAUCCAGCACAUCCGCAAGUACGACUACAUCGACAUCUUCGGCAUGGUGUACGACAUGCGCAAGGAGCGAGUGCUGAUGGUGCAGACGGAGGUGCAGUACAUCUGCAUCCACACCUGUCUCAAGGUGGUGCUCGAGGGCAAGGAGAACGAUGAUUUGUCGAUGCGUGAGACGCAUACGAACAUGGCCUAUGAUGAUGACGAGGGGAUCGCCGAGUCGGGGAUGUGAGUGGUGACCCCGUGACGUCAGUAAGUGGGUGAACGCGAAGAGAAGCGACUCCGGCGAGUGGUGGUGACGAGACGGCUGAUCGCCAGUGUUUUGGGACCAAUGGUGGGGAAAGUGCGCCCGUCGCGGCCGGGCCUUCCCAGGUGCGUGGCUUUCACAGCGCGGUGGCGUGCGGCGGCCAGCCCUGCUGUGGUGACGUAUUUAUGAACGGGACCGAGUGAAUGUUCAGUGUCUCGUGAAGACAGUACAAGUGUUCAUAGGUCUGAGCGCUGUAGAGGCGGGCUAGGUCAGUGUUGAGUGAGUUCCUGUCAGUGGAACGUUACCCAGUGACAGUGUAUUUCAACCGCGUGGGCUCCAGCGCCCGUGUGGAUAUUAUAUGAGAUCUUGUUGCCUAUGAGAAGUACUUAUAUACCCGCAUUUCGUCCCCUCCCGAUGUGAUACUUACACUUUACAUCUUUUCACAAAUGACGGUACUUACUAUUGAUAUGCAUUUUACCAGCGAGUGUUGUGCUUUGUUGCGUCGUUAGUGGAGACAGCCGUUAUCCGAGGAGCCUCUUAGCGCCGCCGUCGCAAACCGAUCGUGCCGUCCAUCGUUCCGAAUGAACACUGAUCUGCCCGUGGAUCUGAUAGGAGCCGCCUUUGUUGCUCGGCGCCGAGAGCGGCGCCGUGUACCCGUUUCACACUCCCUCUCGCCCCUGGGUCGUAGAGGUAGUUUUGUAAUAAAUAUUUUUACCUUUGC